AUGAAAAAUGAAAGAGAUCAACAAAGACAUGAAUUUAAAGAAAUGAUAAAUGAAAGAGAUCAACUUCGAGAGAAAUUGGCUAAUACAAACAGAGCAAUUGAGCGCAACAACCACUUGUUAAAACAACUGAUGAAUAGCUUGAACUUUAAACUCAUGUCAUAUACUAGAGAUCAAAUUCAUGAAGAUGAGAUUGAUGACAAUAAUGAUGAAAUUGGUGAUCAUGAUGAUGGUGAUUUUGAUGAUGAGAUUGGUGAUCAUGAUGAUGGUGAUUUUGAUGAUGAGAUUGGUGAUAAUGAUGCUCGUGAUCAUGAUGAUGAAGAGUUAGAUGGAUAG